GUGUAAUAUACCUCACCCGUGCAAGAAGAACAAUCGUCGUGGAUGAUCUCAAAUACAUAAACAGUCAUGGAUCUCAGCCAGCCUGCAGGUGAAAACUACGGCAAUCCCAUUACUUGCUUCUUUCACGUUUUCUUCAAGGGCGCAGCUUUGGCAUUUUACAUUGUAUUUUCCAUCUUUGUUGGUAACUUUGUCGUCAUUUUCGUCGUCACUGCCCUUCUUGCUGCUCUUGAUUUUUGGGUCGUCAAGAAUGUAAGUGGCAGAAUCUUAGUUGGUUUGAGGUGGUGGAAUGAAAUUGAUGAUCAGGGUGAGAGUGUUUGGAGAUUUGAAUGCCUCGAUCAAGAGUCAAUGGCUCGGUUGAACAAGAAAGAUUCAUGGCUUUUCUGGUGGACCCUUUACUUGAACGCAGGUAUAUGGCUUUUGUUGUCAAUAUUCUCGCUCAUAAGGUUUGAAGCUGAUUACAUCCUAGUUGUAGGAGUUUGUUUGACUCUCAGUAUUGCAAAUAUUGUUGGUUUCACCAAAUGCAGAAAAGAUGCUAAGAAUCAAGUUCAACAAUUUGCUGCUAGGACACUUGCCUCAAGGGUCUCAUCUACCUUUCAGUCAGCAUUUAGUAUUGUCUGAAUUGUUUACUGCCGAACAUGUAAAUGCAAGAAGCAGUGGAUUAUCUUUGAAAUUUGAAAGCAGAGA